AUGGCAACCUCGACAGCGACCAUGCCCAGCCCCAUCCCUACCACGGCGACUUCGCACCCUGACGACCCAAUUCCUGCCGAGCCAAAGGAUAUUCCACAGCUCUCGCUCCGGCCCUCGCCGGCACAGCAGUCGCAGCCGGAGCAGACCUCACCGAAGUCGUCGGGCGAAUCCACACUAUGGACUACAAGCAGCGAUGAGUCUGAGGCGCCCAUGACGCCCAUGACGGAGCCCGAUCAGGGUGUUGAGGAAGUAGUCGAUAAACUACAGGAACUGCCUACCUCGGCUGUCAAUUUCUCUGGGCAGACGCGUCCUCGCCGCGCAUCCACCACGCUCAUUUCGGACAACCCAAAUGACAUCAGACGGAUACUGGGCGAGGGUGAGACGGCCACCAAGCUCAUCAGCCAGUGCUGCGGUGGAGGAUGCUGUCUGCUCAAGACACUGGCCCCGGACGCAUCGUCGCCCAACUUCAUACCCGUCGUCGUCCCCGACAACCAUGCCUUCCGGAGCCUCAACCUGCAGCUAGGCCCGCUCGGCCUCGACAGCGAGCUCACCGACACAAUUCCGCUCCCUCCCGCCAACAUGUCCUUCGAGCCUCUGCCGUCCAAGGACACCAAGUACGUCUCGCAGGUGCACAAGACGCCGCCCAAGUACGUUCAGCCACACCCGCCCUACGAGGUCUACUCGGCGCCGCUCUACCACGCACGCGAGUUGACCAAGCCGGGCGCCGAGAAGAGAACCAUCCACUUCGACAUCGACGUUACCGACUACCCCGACGAGGGAGGCGUCGACUUCAAGGUCGGUGGUGCCGUUGGCAUCUGCCCUCCCAACUCGCAGGAAAUGGUCGAUGAGCUGUUCGAUCUCCUCUGCAUCCCCAAGUUUGUCCGCGACAAGCCAGUCACACUCAGGACGCAGACUGGAAGAUGGCCGACCAUCUGGGGUGAAGACCAAGCGCGCGAGCUUGUCACAACCAGACGCGAACUGCUGACCUGGUGUGCCGACAUUCAGUCGCACCCGCCCACCAAGAACCUCCUUCGCGUGCUCGCCGAGUAUGCCGAAGCCCCCAAUGAGAAGAAGAUUCUGACAUACCUCUGCUCAGCCCAAGGACAAGCAGCCUUCUGCGACCUCCGUACUACUUCUCACUUCACAGUCUCACAGAUGCUCAGCGCAUUCCCUUCUUCGAAGCCCCCGCUACCGCACCUCCUCUCCGUCCUCACUCAGCUGAUGCCUCGAUUUUACUCCCUCUCGAACGACCCCCACAUCUCGUCGGCGCGUCCCGGCCUUCCCGGUACCCGUCGCCUCAUCGAGAUGGCCGUCACAAUUCACGAGACACCCGAUUGGCAUGCUGAGGGUGCUACACGUACAGGUGUAGGCAGUGGCUUCAUGGAGCGCAUGGCACACGCCUUCAUCACAGCCGAGAAUGAAGGUGUCGAUCCCCGCAGCAUCCUCGACCUGCGCAUCCCCAUGUUCCGCGGACUCAUGGCGAACCCUCUGUCAAAGCAAUUUGGUGGUGAAGGCCCCAUGGUGCUCAUCGGAGCGGGAGUUGGCAUGGCGCCUUUCCGUGGUUUCAUCCUGAACCGCCUCAAGAACGCCAACUGCGCCAACAAGAUCUGGCUCAUCCAGGGUGUCCGAGACUCCAUGCUCGAUGAGCUCUACUCCGGUGAACUAGGCGACCAUGAACGCGAAAUCAAAAAGGUCGUCCAGAGCCGGAAGGUCAAGGUGGGAGGCUCCAACGAGGUCAAAUACGUCCAAGACGAGGUGCGAGUACAGGCUGAUAUCGUCUGGUUCGUCAUCAAUGCUCUUGAUGGACGUAUCUUUGUCUGUGGCUCUAGUAAGGGCAUGGGCGAAGGUGUCGAAGAGUCUCUUAUCGAUGUCGCGAUGCAAAAGGGCCGCCUGAGUGAAGCGCAAGCGAAGGAGUUCUGGGCCCGAAAGAAGGAGGACGGACAAUACAUUGCCGAAACCUGCAUGGCAAGCCAACUCCUUGAGCUCCCAGACGAGGUCCUUCUCCAGAUUCUGCACUACCUUCCCAAAAGUGUCAAGCAUCCCAAUCCCCAAGCCGACAUACUGAAUGCGCUCUCGACAUGCAAGCAACUGGCACCACUUGCCCGAGAGGUUCUCUUCUGCGCACCAAUACUGUAUUCAAGUAAGGUCGACCACUUCCUCGCUUCACUCUUCCAGUACCCAGACCUGGGACACAAAAUCCGCAGCCUGACCAUUGAAACGAAAAUCCGUGGAAUGUGCAUAGGACCGAACCCUAUUCCAGCACUCGAGCCUUCGCUAUUAGCUAAAGCCAUCAGCCAUAUCAGCACAUUAGCCAUCGAUCCUCUAACGAAACAACACUUUACCGAAUCCCUGCAUGCCGGAAACGAAUUCGACGGACCAAGCAUCCUCCUCAGCCUCGUGCUGACCAUGCUACCCAAUCUACAGGAACUGUAUCUCGGCGGCUCAAUACUGUACAACUUCCCUUUUCUCCAACCCCUGCUCUAUCAUAGCAGUCUCUUCCCGGCCCACACCCCUGAUCUAGGGCCUCUCCUCCCUCUCUUCAGCCACAAACUCACCGUACUUGAAUCACCCAACGACUUCCGCACCUCGCCUUCCAGUCGGUACGAUUAUCGAGGCUCUGUGCAUGGUAUCCCGAAGUACUUCCCCGCGUUGCGCACGCUUGUGCUGCCAAGUGAUAACGUGGUAUAUGCCUACUACAAAGAAGUCGUGCCGUCAAAACUCGAACGGCUUAUCUUGACCGACUGUCUCGGUAGAGAGGCAGAAAGGUGGGUGAAGCACGUAGCCAGGGCAAAGACAACGCUAUUUCCCAACCUGGCAAAAGUGAGCUUGUAUCACUGCUACCCUGGAAAUGCCGCUAAAAUGGCGUCGCGGGAGUUUAUGAAGAAUAUGGGCAUACUGUUCUACCAGUAUAUUCCCGACUUUUAUGACUGGACUACUCAUGAGUAUUUCCAUCCUUGGCUGUAUGGUGGUGACGAGCUUGAUCUUUCGGCGGCGACCAUGGAUGAGAAAGAGCGUAGGUGGGAUAAGGCUGAAAGGGAUAUGAAGAAGCGAGAGGCUAGGAAAGUUGCAUGGGGCGGAGUUACAGCUGGGCGGAACCACACGAAAUCGUAG